GAAAUCCCGGCUGUGAUGUUUUUGGGUUCUCUACUCGCUAAAAUUUUCUAGUCAAUUUUCAAUACUUAACCUUUCGCUAAGCAGCUCGAGAGAAUUAGCGGGAUUUGAACUAUCCUUCUUUUGGUCUUAAAACGUGCUCGUGCUACGCUUGAGCUAUCAAGGAUUCGUGCGCCGUCCACUGAAUAUUAUUGACUAUACUCAAGAACUUCAAAAUAAAGAUGUCGGGAAGCAAGUGUCGUAACUGUGGCUCCGUAGACAUAGAGACAGAUCCAGCACGUGGCGAUGCCGUUUGUACAGAAUGUGGUUUUGUUCUGGAAGACCAACUUAUUGUCAGCGAAACCACUUUCGAGGAAUCCCCGUCUGGAAAUAUGAUUGCCCUCGGAGAAUUCGUAGGAAAAGAUAGCACGGGUAGAGCUACAGGUUUUGGGGCAGCAUACCGUGUCCGUGGAAAAGAAUCUAGAGUUAUAACAUUACAAAAUGCAAGAAAAGGAAUACAGCAUCUUUGUUUGCAAUUACAACUCAAUCAACGUCACGUCGAUGAAUCUGUUAAUUUUUACAAAAUGGCAUUAAACCGACAAUUAACUCGUGGAAGGAAGCAAGCUCACAAUCAUGCAGCAUGUGUAUAUAUUACUUGUCGUUCUGAAGGCACAGCUCAUUUGCUUAUCGACAUCAGUGAUGUUCUUCAAAUUUGUGUUCAUGAACUAGGACGGACGUAUUUGAAGUUUACGCAAGCCUUAUGUAUCAAUAUACCUUCAGUAGAUCCUUGCUUGUAUAUUAUGAGAUUUGCAAACAAGCUUGAAUUUGGUAAGAAAACUCACGAAGUAUCAACGACUGCAAUAAGAGUAAUGCAAAGAAUGAAAAGAGAUUGCAUACACAGUGGCCGGAAACCAUCAGGAUUAUGUGGCGCGGCUUUGCUAAUGGCAGCACGAUUACAUGAAUUUAAUAGAUCACCUGCUGAUAUUGUAAAAAUAGUUAAGGUUCAUGAAUCUACUUUAAGGAAAAGGUUAAUGGAAUUUGGAGAUACACCUUCUAGUGCCUUGACUUUGGAAGAAUUCAUGACAGUUGAUUUAGAAGAAGAACAAGAUCCACCUGCAUUUAAAACUGCUCGUAAAAAAGACAGAGAACGAUUACAAAAAUUAGAAAAUAUAGAUACAGAAAUAAAUGAACUUCAAGCUGAAAUCGAUAGACAAAUAGACGAACAAAAAGUUGGAAAGGGAAAAAAACGAAAAAAUGGAUCUCCUUCGGAAAAUGAUUAUACUGAUAGAUUUAUUAAAGAAACUAAUUUAAAUAUUAUUAAAGAUUGCAUUGAUUGUGAAGCUGUGAAUUCCGAUGUUGAGGAAGAAUUACUUGAACGUGAUAAUGAUACGUUAUUUACAGGACUUGGCCCUGAUAUUGCUUCAAUGGGUUUAAAUGGAACAAAGGAAGCGAGUAGAGAAUCAAAAGAUAAAAACAAAUCCAAUUUUGAAAAUGCUUCUGGAGAAAUUAAUAUUACUGACAUUGAUGACGACGAAUUGGACGACUAUAUAAUGACAGAAAAAGAAGCUGAAUUCAAAGAUAUUUUAUGGAAAAAAGUCAAUGCAAAAUAUUUGACCGAGCAACAAGAGAAAGAAGAACGACGAAAGAAGGAGAAGGAAGAAGGUAAACCAGAGAAAAAGAGAAGACGUACUACAAAACGAAAUAAAAAUCAAGGUCCUGCUACUACAGCAGGGGAAGCUAUCGAGAAAAUGUUGCAAGAAAAACGUAUAUCUUCCAAGAUCAAUUAUGAAGUAUUAAAAAGCCUAAACAUAAAUGGUCCAAAUAAUCAACAGAAAGAGCAAGAAAACCCGUUAUGUAAAUCUAAGAUUGACAUUAAAAUGGAGAUUAAGUCGUCAGGGACAUCGAUUUCGCCAUUAAAGAAUACAGGAACAUCAUUAUCACAAGAGACACGUUUACCAAAAUCUAAUAGAAGACGUAAAGUAGAAAUACCAAGUUCAAAAGAACUGGAAGAAUUUGUGGAAGAAGAUAUGGCACCUCCUACACCACCCGCACUUGAUGCAUCAGACGUUGUGGAUGAAGCAGAGGAUUACAUGGAUGAUGCUAAUGAUGAACCCACUGAAAUGACAGGAAGAGAAAUGCUUAAACGAAGAAAUGGAAUUGAUGACGACGAUGACUAUGAAUAUGACUAUGGAGAAGAAUAUUAAUACUAUAUCUUAAUCAAAAAAUGCAUUUUCUCUCUUUCCGUUAAUUUGAUACGCUUAUUAGAUUUGUUUUUUUAUUUAUUUUAUUGUGUCUAUUCUCUAAGAAAACCCUCACACCUAUCCAGUACUACCAAAGAGGUUGCGUUUUUCUACUGCCUCUGGAGUCAACGGUACAUGAUUUUUGUUAAAGAAUUACUGAUUCAUUUUUUUAUUAACGUUUUGCUUUACUUUAGUGAUCCGAAGCAAACUAGUAAUCUAACGUGGCUAGGUCGUUGACCUUAUUUAUUUUAUUAUACCAAACGUAAUUGUAAUUUUUAUAUAUAUAUGUAGUAGAUUUUUUGGUUUUAGUUAUGGAGAUCAUUUUUUGUUAUCGCCAUUUAUUCUAGAGUUAAAAUUAUUUAUGAAAUUAUAAAAUAUACAUAGCGCUAUAAUAAGGAGAGGCAUUUACGAAGUAAUUUUUUAAUUACUUCUUAAUAUUAAGUUUUUUUUUUAUUAAAAAAUAACGCACCAUUAAUAUUUAUAUAUAAUAUAUACCUGAAAUUAAACUGACAAGGA